UCUUCCUAAAUGCACAUUAAGAUCACAGCAAUCAAAGUUCUAUUUUUAGAUAAAACCCUGGUGAAACCUUCACAGGUAUGUCUAACCACACCACCUUUGCUAGCGUUUGUUACUAGAGGAGAACGAACGCCUCGGUUCUCUGGGCCAUCACACUGGAGGGGCAGGUGUGCGGGGACCCAGCCCGGGCCGGGGCGGCGCGCAGCGGGCAGCCUCCGGGCGCCGCGGGAAUCCCGCUCCAGGGUCUCGCGAGAACAGCGCCCGCGGACGGCUUCCCGCCCAACGGCCGCGCCGUCAGUUCCCGCUCGGCGCCCGGCCCCGACGCCAUGCUCCGCCUGCUGCUGCUGCUGGCCGGGCUCCGUGGCUGCCCAGCGCCGAGGCCCGGAACAUAUAUCCUAUAGUAUUCCAAUUGAUGAGAAACUGUAUACUGUGCACCUUAAGCAAAGAUAUUUUUUGGCAGAUAAUUUUAUGGUUUAUUUGUAUAAUCAAAAAUCUGUGAGUACUCAUUCUACAGAUAUUAAGCCUCACUGUUACUAUCAAGGAUAUAUUGAAGGAUAUCCAAAUUCCAUUGUCACACUCAGCACGUGCUCUGGACUCAGAGGAGUACUGCAAUUUGAAAAUGUUUCUUAUGGAAUUGAGCCUCUGGAAUCUACAGUUCAAUUUCAGCAUCUUCUAUAUAAAUUAGGAAAUAGAAAUAAGGAAUUUUCAAGUUUCAACAAUGAUACUAAAAUCAUAGAAAAACACUCAAAGGACUACAUCAUUUAUAUAGGUGAAAAACCAAUACUGCCUGUUCCAGAUGUAUUUCCUCUUUAUCUAGAAAUGUACAUUGUGGUGGACAAAGCUUUGGAUGAAUACCUGGGCUCUGAUAGCACAACAGUAACAAAUAAAAUCAUUGAAGUUUUUGGCCUUGUAAAUUCAAUGUUUACCCAAUUUAAAGUCACUGUUGUGCUGUCAUCAUUAGAAUUGUGGUCAGAUGAAAAUAAAAUUUCUACCAUUGGUGAGGCAGAUGAAUUAUUGCACAUAUUUUUAAAGUGGAAACAUUUUUAUCUUACCUUAAGGCCUCAUGAUGUUGCAUAUCUAUUCAUUUAUAGGGAUUAUCCAGAUUAUGUGGGUGCAGUGUUUCCUGGAAAGAUAUGUGCUCCUCAUUAUUCUGCAGGAAUUGCAGUGUAUCCCAAGGAGAUGACUUUGGAGGCGUUUUCAGUUGUUGUCUCCCAGAUGCUGGCACUCAGUCUGGGGAUAUCAUAUGAUGAUCCAAAGAAAUGUCACUGCUCAGAAACCAUCUGUAUAAUGAAUCCACAAGCUAUGACAUCCAGUGGUGCAAAGACUUUUAGCAAUUGCAGUUUGAGUGACUUUGAAAGUUUCAUUUCAAAUCAGCAUGCCAGCUGUCUUCAGAAUAAACCACAAAUGCAGAGUCAAAGGAGAGCAGUCUGUGGCAAUGGCAGAGUAGAGACCGGUGAAGUCUGUGACUGUGGUUCUGAGGAAAGAACAGAUACAUGUUUAAAUACAAGUCAAUUUCUAACUUUGACAGGUUCAAAAAAUGCUCCAUUUGCCUGCUAUGAAGAAAUACAGUCUCAAACAGAUAGUUUUGGGAACUGCGGUAAAGACAGGAACAAAUAUACACCCUGCGGAUGGAGGAAUCUUAUAUGUGGACGAUUAAUUUGUACCUACCCUUCUCGAACUCCUUUCUAUCAAGCAAAUGGUGCUGUGAUUUAUGCUUACGUACGAGAUAAUAUAUGUGUGACGAUACACUACAAAUUGGCUGGUUCAGCGCCAGAUCCACUGGAGGUCAAAAACGGCUCUGAAUGUGAUACAGGGAGGAUUUGUAUAAAUCGUUUAUGUGUAGAAUCAAGAACACUUAAAAGUCAAUCAUAUACUUGUCGACAACAGUGCCAUGGAAAUGGAGUGUGCAAUUCCAAAGGGGCAUGCCAUUGUGCUCAAGGGUUCCUACCUCCAAAUUGCCAACGGCGUGCCAGAGGAUUACGUUUAUUGCCUGAGGAAAAGGGUUUAAAUCAGGAAGAAGUAUUUUUGAAUGCUGAAAAGCAUUGGCUUCUAGGUUUCUAUGUUGGUUUUCCUAUUCUCAUUGUAGCCACUGCAAUAAUUGUGGCAUGGAAUAAAUUGAAAAAGCGGCCCACCAAGGAAGAGGAAUCCCGAAGUAACGAGUCAAGAUUAGAAGGUAGCACUCACACAUAUGCCAGCAAAUCAGAAAGCAGCAGCCAUGCUGUUACCAGCAAAUCCACGUCAGAAGAUAGUACUCAAGCAGAAACCAGCAGAUCAGACUCACAGGAAAGCACCCAAUCAACAAGUAGUAGUAGUAACUAGUAAUUCCUUCAAAAGACAACGGAAAUGUCAAGGGUUUCAAUGAGAAAUGAAAAUCCUGCCUUUUGUCACCCGAUCGCAGCUAAAGGAAACAAUAAACCGAGUGUGGACCAA